AUGGAUGCGAUCAAGCCUUUCCUCCCCGAGGCCAAGGGAGUUCUGCCCUACUACAUGCUCCUGCUCUCCGUUAUCUCCAUCGGCAACAGCGUACAGAACUACACGACCCUCCACUUCUCCCGCCGGGUGUACAACGGCCGCUUCAUCCGCAACACCAGGCUUCCCCCAGCCUCUUCCACCUUCAACCCCGAAGACGCGGUCAACAAGCUCGUCCCCGCCCACAACGACCCCAAGGCCACCGACCAGCUCACCCCGUUGACCGGCCGCCUCUUCGGCACCUGGACCUUCAUCAUCAGCAUCGUCCGCCUCUACGCCGCCUACCACCUGCACCACGGCCCCGUCUACAACAUCGCCAUGUGGACCUACGUCGUCGCCUUCGGCCACUUCGCCUCCGAGCUGUUCAUCUUCAAGUCUAUGACCUUUGGGCUCCCCCAGUUCUUCCCCUUCACGCUGGCCACCUGCGCCCUGAUCUGGAUGCCCAUGGUCCGGGAGUACUACGUCACGAUUGAGUAG